CUCCUCUCUUUCCUCCCGUUCACAUCUGCGGCCUUUCUUUCCGGGUGGUGGCGGCGUCGCGGCGACGACUGGGCGAUCGGUGCCAUCCUACUCAGGUCUUCGUCGGGCCCAGCGCCAGCGACGAGCAUCCACCAAGUUUGCACUUGACUGCUAGUUGCCAAAAUGGAUGACGAAGACCUCGAUUUCUCAAACCCGGACACGUUCUUGUGCCCUGCCAUUGGCAACGAUCUACCCAGCAGUUGCUCCAUGGACAGCUACUUUGAUGACAUCUUGAAGGAUACAGAGCAUCAUGCCUGCACACACACCCACACCUGCAAUCCACCAGUCCAUGAUCAUUCGCACACCCACACCUGCAUCCAUGUCCACACCAAGAUCGUCGCGGCUUCGCCAGAGGCUGCUGAGUCGCCGUCUGAGAACAACGCCUCCAAGAAGCGUCCAUCUGGUAACCGAGCUGCAGUGAGGAAGUACCGGGAGAAGAAGAAGGCUCACACGGCGUCGUUGGAGGAAGAGGUGGUCCAUUUGAGGGCUUUGAACCAGCAGCUCAUAAAGAAGCUCCAGAAUCACGCGGCGCUUGAGGCGGAAGUAGCCAGGCUUCGCUGUCUGCUUUUUGAUAUCAGAGGGAGGAUUGAAGGGGAGAUUGGUGCUUUCCCUUAUCAGAGGCCAGUCAAGAGCAUCGAUUUUGUGUCUAGUGUUGACCAGGGAAGCUUUCUUGGUGGCACCCAGGUGACCAACUCCUGUGAUUUCGGAUGCAACGAUCAGAUGUAUUGCAAUCCUGAAAUGCAGGGGGCUAUGCGUGCUCAGGUGUUGGGGCAAGGUGCCUGUGAUAUCGCAAAUAUCCGAUGCAUAGGAAGUGCGAAGUCUGGAUCCACAAAACUACCUGUCUGUGGGGGUAUGGACACCGCUGUCUGCUUGCCAAAUGUUGAAAAGAAGUGAAGGACUCCUCGUGGUGUUUAUGGUAUCUUCUUUUCAGAGCACUGGGUCUCGCUUUCUGCAUCCAAGAAACACUGUAUAAAUUGCUAGUUUUUGUAUUUUGGAUCCCAUCUGGUUCAAGCUGUCAUGUAUGUUUGUUGCCGGUGAUGCUUCUAUGGUGCCCGAGCUGAUUCAAGCUCGUUAGCUCUAAAGCUGACAGGACAUCCUCGUUUAUUUUGCUUAGUUUCCAGAUGCUCUCUGAUGAAGUUCAGAACUGACCGGUUUGAAGGAGUUAAACUAGCUAACCUGGCACAUGUGCUUUAGACACUUGCUUAGAUGUUGGUAGAGACCUCAAGUUUAAUGCGGGCCUUAUCCUGUGUAGAUGCAUCUUGCGCGGAAUCUGUUAUGUAGUUGGUCUGUUGGUGCCAUGUUUCCUUGUUGAUAUGUCCGUGAUCCAAGUGUUUGGGUUCAAAUAUUAUUUGAUUGUUCCCCUAUUUCAUUUGUUAGUAAAUAAUGUACUGCAUGGAUCGGAUCUUGGACAGGAACUCUGUAACUCUAGCCCUGGUCAUAUUUUGAAUUUCUGACGUAUUCUACAGUACGUCUGCAGGAUUUAUACUUGAAAAAGAAAAAAGAGCUUGCAACUUGCAAGCAUUACCUUA